AUGGCUCAGCUUGUCAGGGAUGAGGGCAAUGAGAAGCAGGCAGACGUUCGCGUAUCCAAUAUCCAGGCAGCCAAGGGAAUCUUUGACCUCAUACGCACCUCAUUAGGGCCUCGUGGUCUCGAUAAGAUGGUCACAACACCGAAGGGAGACGUCCUUAUCACGAAUGACGGUGCGACAAUUAUGAAGCAGUUGGAGGCUCGUCACCCGGCUGCACGCAUGCUCAUAGAGCUUUCUCAGAGCCAAGACAUCGAAGCGGGAGAUGGCACGACAACUGUGGUCGUUCUCGCUGGGAGGCUGCUUGCUAACUGUCUAGACCUUUUCAAGCUUGGAAUCCAUCCGACAGCAAUAUCGGAGGCCUACCAGGUGGCCUGUGACGAGGCUGUGAAGGUUGUCAUGUCCAUUGCCCGCCCCGUUGAUCUCAAGAACCGUGAGGAGCUGAUCAACAUUUGCAAAACAACACUAUCAAGCAAGAUCAUUUCUCACCAUUCUGACCACCUUGCACCCUUAAUCCUCGACUCUGUGCUUCGCGUGUCAGAUUCGGACAACGUUGACUUGAGUCGUAUACACGUAAUCAAACGAUUAGGAGGGACCGUGGACGAAAGCAGAUUAACCACUGGUCUUGCAUUUGCAAGGCGUCCCACAGAGGGGCCCGGGUUCUGUGAAAAGGUGAAGAUAGGUAUCGCAAGGUUCUGCCUGUCCCCGCCCAAGACAGACAUGGAGGCUAAUCUUAUUGUUCAUGACUCCGACGCAAUAGAUCGCCUUUUAGAGCAGGAGCGUAAGCUGACUGCUAAGAUGUGCAAGAAGAUCGCAAGCUCUGGGUGCAACGUGCUUCUUCUGCAGAAGUCCAUUAUGCGUGAGGCCGUCAGUGACAUGGCGCUUCACUUUCUGAAGAAGCUGAAGAUCACCGUCAUCGAUGACAUAGAACGCGAAGAAAUAGACUUCAUAGCCACCACUACCGGAGCUACGCCAGUCGCUACGAUAGAUGAGUUUACCUCGGAUAAACUGGGCUCAAUGGGUGAGCUGACUGUCGUAGAUGGAGUUACAUAUAUCUCCAGGAAUCAAGACGAGGAAAAGAGUGUCAAGACAUGUACCAUCAUAGUGAGAGGCGCAAACAAACUGAUCCUCGAUGAGGCCGUGCGCUCCGUGCACGAUGGCCUCUGUGCAAUCCGCUGUCUCAUUAAGAAAGGAUUUAUAAUCCCUGGUGGUGCCGCUGUCGAGACCGAGAUCGCUAGGUGCUUAUAUGAGCGCAGCCACUCCCAGACAGGCGUGGGUCAGUACUGUAUGCGUGCCUUUGCAGAUGCAUUCGAAAUAAUUCCCCUUACACUGGCUGAAAACGCCGGACUCUCCCCAAUCACAACCCUUACGGAACUGAGGCGCGUCCAUAAGAAAGGCGGAACGACCUACGGAUUAGAUAUUAAUAGGGGCGGAGAGAUCUCAGAGAUGUUCGCUCUAAAUGUAAUACAGCCUGCUCUAGUGACUAUCAGCGCCAUAACUCUUGCGACAGAGACGACGCGUAUGCUCUUGAAGAUUGACGAUAUUGUUCUAGGCAGAUGA